ACCUCCUACGCGGCACACAGCCAGAGACAGUGGGGGUGGUUUCCUGGGUGGUGUCUGUGGCAGGCCAGCAGUGAACACAAUGCUUCGUCAGACCUUGGUGACAGAAGAAGUCGCGAAUAGCACCUUGGAGUAAGUCUAGUGAAAGCCUCUGCACCUCCCUUUCCAAAGGAAAGAUGUCUCUAACCACGACAGAGGCCAACUUUUCCAGCCCCAUCCCCACAACCAUCUUCUUCCCAGGCUCCACGGUGACUGGGGAUGGGCAGGACAACAGCACCUCCAGGACCACCCCCAUGACCAUGUCUGUGACCAUGGUGACAAACGAGACCAGCUUCAACUCCACCAAGCUGCCAGAGGUGGAGACAAGUGGGUCCGGGAUGGGUAUGGUGCUUGUGCCCUUUGGCAUCAUCACCGUCAUCGGCCUGGCUGUGGUCAUGAUGCUGUACAUCAGGAAACGAAAGAGGCUGGAGAAACUGAGGCACCAGCUCAUGCCCAUGUAUAACUUUGACCCGGCUGAGGAGCAGGACGAGCUGGAGCAGGAGCUCCUGGAUCAUGGCCGUGAGGGGGCUGGCACUGGAGCCAACGCCAAGACGCUGAUGCCCAGCCAGGGGACAACACAGAGGCCCAGUCGACUGGUCUUCACUGACGUGGCCAACGCCAUCAAUGCAUGAUGUCACCCUUCCUUGUAUAUGUUGAGGGGUGGGAAGGGAAAGGACUUGGGGGAGCGGUGUCUAGGGCAGGACAUUUGCGCUCAUACAUUUAGGGUGUUAUAGAGGCUGGGGGGCGGGGGCCACAACAAGGACACAAAGGUACAAAAGGUGAACUUCCAACACAAGCUUGGUAGAAGCUGGAUGGAAGACUUGGAGCACAUGGAAAAGGUUCCAUAUUAUUUUCAUUUGUUAAAAAAGGGAAACAUAAGGGAAGCAUCAAAAAGGUUCCAACAUUAUAGCAAGUCUGCAUCUUAUUUUAUUAUUAUGUGUCUAAGAUGUCAUUAGGGCAUUUUUAGGAUUUUUUUUCAAUUUGUCCUUUUCUGAAAAACCCUUUUGGAAGAAAUUUCAGGAGAACGGGGUUUGUGUCAAUCUCAGGAAUGUAGCAUUGUGGCAUAUGUCAGUCCAGUCCUUGAGAGGUUUGCAGGUGUUAUAGUUACCAUUCUGUUAGCAAAUAAUUCACAACAAGAUGAGGUUACCAGAUGAGAGGAGCUCUCAUCAUAAUUAGGGCAGAGAUUGACCAGAGGGCCCUUAGGCUGUGAAAACAGAAGCUGCCAGUCCUGGUGACGUUUACUGCAUGGCCUUGUUCAGGUGAUAUAGAGAGAGCUGGCAGCUACAUAAGGUAUUGCAGGUUGGGGGAGGUGGAGUCCAGAGGCAGAAGUUGUGGAGGGUGCUGUGUGAACUACUGGUACCUUUGGACUUCAUCACCCAUCAGGACUACUGUGAUACCUUCUGUGGUGUCUGGCUUUGCUUUUUGAAUGCACUCCUGCCCCAUCCUCCACAUGCCUCCGGCUGGCCUCAGUGAUGUUAAUAUGAUGUUGUAUUUAUUGCAGUGUUGCAUAGUGCUGCACAAGGGCUAUUUUAAAUCAUGAAACACAGUGGGGAUAUUUGUUUUAGCCUCUCUCCCUCUCUAUGUGUCUGAUGACUAUAGUGGUGAAGCAUCAUGGGACAUCUAUGGUGUCUCAUGUGUGAACGUGAAAGGAUGCAGGAGUGAAGCACCUUCUCGCUUUCCAUCUCUCUCUUUCUCUUCCCAGGAUCCUGGACUUUUAUAUGCACCUAUUUAUUUAUUUUCCAUUUCCAUUCGAUACUUUAGCCUAAACUGUUGAAUAGAAACAACAAGUGGCAGGAAAAAUGCACACUAUUGUACAGUAUUGACACUGAACUCUUGAACUAUUAUAUUGUUGUAGUGUUGACUCUUGGAAGCAUGAAUUACUUUGAAACCUUUUGGCACCUUACUGGACGCUUAAUGGAUUUCAGGCGGACAAUGCUGCUUGUUUUUAAUGCAAUGCAGCCCAGCACUGUUAGUCAACUCUGAUGGAGGGUUAUGUGAUUUCCAAGUCCUCGGACAGCCUUCAGAAAAGGGAACUUUUCAGCUUUGGGAUGUGACACUGCUCAGGUGAUGACAUAGUGGUUGCGGGAGACAGUAAUAUUCAAUAUCAUCGACAGUUGUAUGGGAGUAGCCAGCGUACUCACUGGGAGACAAUGAACCAAGGCCUGGACGUGCAGACCAGACUUCCAUGUAGUUCACAGCGACAGCCCAAGGUGCACCAUGUUGAGUGUUGGCUAAGCUGUAGUACGACAUACAUGAUAUCAGACAGAUAGCUUGUGUACUCUGCUCCUCCUUCUCCACCAGACAAGCAGUAUGUCUCCACAGCCCACAAAGGCACUUGUCUCCCGCGUUUCCCUGAGUCAUACACUCUCAAAGAACCCAAAGAUCUUUUCACUCGUUUCCACAUGCUGGACCAAACGAACAACCACAACAGUGAUAUUUUGGAGAGGUUCCAGACUGGUCUUUGUGUUUUUUUUUUUGUUUUUUUAUUCCAUCGAUCAUCUGAAUCAGAAUCUAGAUAUCAUGGAGGUAUGCUUUAAUCUACCCAUUGUGUGGACGAAGAGUAUUUGCAAACAAAUUCCUAUUUGGAAGAGAGAUUUGUUUGCAAACACUUUGGGAAAAGAACAGUGAGGAGGUGGGGAGGACACAGUGGAAGAGCAUGGGCUGGCUGUGUCUGGGCGCACAGCUUGUCUUAUUGGUUGAGUGAGAUAGUCUUGAUACCCCAUUCUUCCACUGAACAAAAACUGGAGAGAGGUUUUUAGGAUAAAAAGCACAGAUGUAAAGUCGGAUGGAGGGGAAUUUCAGAUAGGAGUAGCCAUUAUCUCACAAAAUCUCAAAUUUGGCCACUUGCCUUUCGUUCAAAAUGAGUGAUGAAAGCUAUACAAAAUACCAUGGUUUUAGAGAUGCUUCCCUCAAUACAAUAGAAAGUACUUCUGCGAGUUCUAGCUACUCUAGUGUUCUCCUCCUGCCCAGACAGCUGGCCUCAGGAACACAUUUCUCUUAGUUGCAAUGCGAAAUGAACACUUCCAUUGAACCUCUACAUUUCAAGGUAACUUAAGUGUCAAUACUGGAAGUGACAGCUGAAGAGGAGACUUCGCUUGAAAUCAGGCAGUUGGAAGGUUGGAAGUUGUUAAAGAGUUAAAUGCAAUAAAAGUUUACAACAGCAUGACAUGAGGAAAUCUGAGAAGACACCCCUAUCUUUGAAGCCCAAAGUGGAAGAAGGCCAUCUUUACUUCAAGUCUGGGCUCUAAAGUUGGGAUUAAAUGGUAAACUGAAAUAUAUACACAUUUAAUCUUAUUGCUUGGGAUCUCUCUCCAAACUGUUCAGACCUGUUACUGGCCAAGGAGAUACUAAUUCUAAUUGUGACUGUUUGCUUGUGAGAAUGUAUGCAUGUUCUAGUGAAUUGUCAUAGGAUAUGGAUGUGUAUGUGUGUAAGUGUGCAUUUGCACAAGUGGAGUAGCAAGAAGAGUAUUCUUGAGUGUGUGUUAAAGUGUAUGUGUGACCUGAGGGCCAGUAAAUUAGGGAUUGCCUGUUUUUGCUUUAGUGUUAUCAGACAUGGUGAAGACU